AUGCAGCAACUUCUUUCCACAUCAAACAUCCCUUCACAUAAGAAAGAGGCCCGUAGAUACCGCCAGACAAUGUACCAUGAUAAAGCAGGGGUUCAGAUUGCGGAGUCUCGUCGUCGCGCUGGGGGUGCCCGAAAGGUCGAGUCACCAACCCAGACAUAUACCGACUUUGUCCUUUACCCAAUGGACAGCAUAAAUCCGUCCUCCAGAAGCCGCUCUUACGACUCUUCGCGUUGCAGUGCACCAAAAGUCAGGGAGAGGGAAUCCUACUCAACACCUCACGUGACUUCUGCCAAGCAUUCAUCCAAAGCUAGGCAGAAACCGGCCAUCGUACAGAGGGCCUUGGAGCCAAGAAGGCAACUGUCAGGAGAAGAGAAGAGACGAUUUUACUUUCCUGAAGAAUUAACACCUCCGCCAACACCUCGUUCAACUCGACUGUCAACACCAGAGCUUCCCGAUAUCAAGGAAGCGCCCUUUUGUGACUGCGGUGUCAGAGGGCACAUUGUGAAGUACUGUAAAACAUGCAACAAGGAAGUCGAUCUGUGGCCCAUGUGA